AUGGAUCGGACAUGGAUGUACAACACGAAAAGAGCUCAUCCUACGUUCUUGAAGGAAGCAGGCAAAUUUGUUGAGCUGGUAAAGGCACAUGUUGUGAGGGAGAAUAUGAGGGGCAUUUUUUGCCCAUGCAAAGAUUGCAAGAAUGAAAUUUUGCUGCAAGAUCCGAAUGAAGUAUUGUCGCACAACAUAGAGCGAGGAUUUAAGAAGGGUUACGAGAUAUGGACUUUUCACGGGGAAGUCGGUGGUCAUAACGAAGAGUUUGAUGAUUUCUGCUUUGAUGAUACAGAAAAUUUUAUAUUCGAAGACAUGUCACAGGGAACCAUCCCGGAAUGCGGUGGCUCUGGUAUAGACAAUGUAGGUAUUGAUUUUGAUCUGGAAGAUAUGUUACGGCACGUUGAACCAGAUGUCCUAACUGGUAGAACACGAGGGUUGGACAAUUGGGAAGCGUUGGAAAAAGCAGCGAAGGAGCUUCGUUACGACGAAGCGAAAGGAUGCGACAAGGACUAUACGGUGUUGCGCUCGGUGCUUGAACUUCUCAGAUUGAAGGCCAAACAUGGAUGGUCGGACACUAGCUUCAAUGAUUUGAUGGAUCUUUUGAAAGUUAUGCUUCCUAAGUCGAACCUCCUGCCGACGAACACAUAUCAAACGAAGAAACUGAUAUGUCCAUUAUCUCUAUGUGUUCAGAAGAUCCAUGCAUGUGAAAAUCAUUGCAUACUGUACCACAAGGAAUUCGCGGAUUUAGACUCUUGCCCAACAUGUGGGAUGAGUCGGUACAAGACAGGCAACGGAGUCUCCGAUGGAGAGGUGGUCGACCAAGAUGCACUGGUGGAUGAGAAGAAAAAGAUUCCCAGCAUGGUGAUGUGGUACCUGCCAGUGAAAGAUCGCCUGAAGCGGCUAUUUUUGAAUCGUACCGAUGCCGAGUUGAUGAGAUGGCACCAAGAGGGUAGGAAAAAUGACGGUAAGAUCCGACACCCCGCCGAUGCUCGACAGUGGAAAAACUUUGAUGCACUACACCCGGAAUUUGCAAAGGUCCCGAGAAAUGUAAGGUUUGCCUUGAGCAUGGACGGAAUGAACCCGUUCGGUGACCUAAGCAACACACACAACACCUGGCCAAUGCUGCUAACCAUGUAUAACUUGCCUACAUGGAUUUGCCAGAAGCGAAAGUAUAUUCUUUUGUCUGUCCUUAUACAAGGUCCAAAACAGCCUGGGAUUAACAUUGAUGUGUUUAUGGAACUAUUGAUGGAGGACAUGCAAGAACUGUGGAAGGAAGGGUUACGAAUGUGGAACGAGUACCGUAAGGAACAUUUUACUCUAUGCGCCAUCAUAUUCGUUACGAUCAACGACUUACCGACGAACUUUUCGCUCUCAGGCCAGUUUAAGGGGAAAUUCAGAUGUCUCAUAUGUAUCGACAAGACGUCGUACAAGUACCUCACCUCCUCAACCAAGGGUGUGUACAUGCGUCAUCGUCGGUCUUUACCUCUGUGGCACAGGUGGCCUGCGAUGGCCAGAUUAUUUGACAAUACAGUAGAGAAUGAUCUAGCUCCUGAAACACGAACUGGUGGCUCUGUCUUCGAGCUGACAAAGGACAUUAAGGUUGUGUUCGGCAAGCCAAAGAAGAAGGCCGUUAAGAGGAAGAAACACCUGGAGGUUCGUCAUUCCAUCGACGUAAUGCACCUUGAGAAGAAUGUGUUUGAUAGCACCAUUGGCACUUUAUUGGACAUCCGAACUGGUUUCUCUGCAAAUGUUAGAAAACUUGUAUCUUUGAAAGAUUUGACCAUCUCUGGGUACAAUGCUCAUGACUGUCACAAGAUGUCAACAGUCUUCCUACCAAUUGCUAUAAGAGCGGUCAAGCCAUUUCACACUCGGUUAGUGAUAACAAAGUUGUGCUACGUUUUCAAUCGAGUAUCACAGAAGGUUUCUGAUCCUGAAGAGUUAGGCCCCCUUCAAAUAUUUGCAAUCGAGACAGCAUGCCAGCUUGAGAUGUUUUUCCCUCCAGCUUACUUCAACAUGAUGGAGCAUCUGAUUCUCCACAUCGUACCUCAGAUUAUCGAGAUUGGUCCCUUAUACCUACACUAG